ACCGUGUCUUUGCAUCUGCUAACCACAGCCAGAAUGCUCAGCUAGUGGAGAACUGAAGUUCAGGUCCCCCAGCCCCUAGGGCUCUUCCCACUGCCUAUCAAGGUCCUCCUGUGUCCUAUUCUUCAGAGGGCUUCAGGGAUCACCCUCAGGUUCUCCCUGGGCAUUUCUUUGCUCCUAUGAAGAAGGUGGCAGGAAUACAGACAGAAUUUUUUGUUUUAAUACGUAAGGGAAAUUGAAAGCUAUGGAGAUUAAGCAACUUGCUCGAAGUCCAGCGUAAAACAGCCUUUAAAGUAACCUUCAAGCUCAGUUUACCGUGUGUUCUCUGUACAGAGCUCUGACCAUUAGGCAGCAAUGCCCAGUUCCUUGGAGAAAUCUCAAGUAACAAAAAGGAAAUGAUCGAAACGGCUUAGAUUUCAACAGGCAGAUAAAAACCGAGGAACUCAGUGAUUCCCUGCAGCAGACCCUCUCGCAUCGGCCAUGCCACCUGAGUCAAGGACCUGCAAUGAUGCCCGGAAACCAGAUGUCUGGGGACAUGGCUUCACUCCAUCCGCUCCAGCAGCUCGUGCUGGUUCCCGGACACCUCCAGUCUGUCUCCCAGUUCCUGCUAUCUCAGACCCAGCCUGGGCAGCAAGGUCUGCAGCCAAAUCUUCUCCCCUUUCCACAGCAACAAAGCUCCCUCCUCCUCCCGCAGACGGGGCCUGGCCUGGCAUCCCAGGCAGUUGGGCGUCCAGGGCUGCCAGGAUCCUCUUUAGAACCUCAUCUGGAAGCGUCUCAGCAUCUCCCAGCGUCCAAGCAUCUUCCCAGCUCUGGAGGGGCUGACGAGCCCAGUGACCUGGAGGAGCUGGAGAAGUUUGCCAAGACCUUCAAGCAGAGGCGCAUUAAGCUGGGCUUCACACAGGGAGACGUGGGGCUGGCGAUGGGAAAGCUGUAUGGCAAUGACUUCAGCCAGACUACCAUCUCGAGAUUUGAGGCCCUCAAUCUGAGCUUCAAGAACAUGUGCAAGCUCAAGCCACUGCUGGAGAAGUGGCUGAACGAUGCAGAGUCCUCGCCAUCAGACCCCUCAGUGAGCACCCCCAGCUCUUACCCCACCCUCAGUGAGGUGUUCGGGAGGAAGAGGAAGAAGCGGACCAGCAUUGAGACCAACAUCCGCCUGACUCUGGAGAAGAGAUUUCAAGAUAACCCCAAGCCCAGCUCAGAGGAGAUCUCCAUGAUUGCAGAGCAGCUGUCCAUGGAGAAGGAGGUGGUGAGGGUCUGGUUCUGCAACCGACGCCAAAAGGAAAAGCGAAUCAACUGCCCUGUGGCCACACCCAUCAAAUCACCUAUGUACAGUUCCCGGCUGGUGUCUCCCUCUGGGUCUCUGGGCCCCCUCUCUGUUCCUCCUGUCCACAGCACCAUGCCUGGAACAGUAACGUCAUCCUGUUCCCCUGGGAACAACAGCAGGCCUUCGUCUCCUGGCUCAGGACUCCACGCCAGCAGCCCGAGUGCAUCUCAAAAUAACUCCAAAGCAGCCGUGAACUCCUCCUCCAGUUUUAACUCUUCAGGAUCUUGGUACCGAUGGAAUCAUCCCACCUACCUCCACUGAGACCAAAAAGUUUCUCCUGCGCCUCUGGCCCUGUUAUUCCCCACUGGAGGAAGGCAGUCACGCCUUCUCUCUAUGGACAGAUUACUUUCAGGAGAGUGGAAAAGAAUCCCCACUGUCAAUGAACCCCAAUUCUUGCCUUCUUCAGGAACAAGGGCCUCUGGAGAUCCAAACUGUGAUUGAACCAUGUGCUAACUCCUAGUGCUCUUGAAAUGAACACCCCUCCUAGGAGUUUACCAUUUUCACGUUCCUUGCCUGUGCCCUCACCCUCUAGUUCUGAAUACUGCAGCCGGCAUCCCUGCGGCUGUGGUCUUUCAUAGGAAGGACCUCUUGCCAUUGUGCUCCAGCCCAUCUCCAGCACCUUCUGGGCACAGCCAUUUGCCUGGUGCCAAAUGUCCAGAGGGGAGAUAGUGCUUUUGACUCUGAACUUAGCCACAAUCUCCAAACAGAUUCUAGACUCUGAAAAGAUUUGCAUCUGAUGUCUCCACCAAAGUUUUGAUGUUUUCUCUGUUCGGCCAAGUUUUUCUGAUGGAAUCUUCAUUUCAUCCCAUUUUCUCUUUAGCCCCGCCCCCUUUUUGAGAACCAGAUCCAUUCCAGAUUCUCCAAGUUCCCUCCUCUUUUCAGAAGGCUGAGCUGCCCUUGGUCCCCUGGGCACAUGUCUCAGCCCACAGGUGCUCUUCUGUCUGCUCCGUCUGCCCCAGAGUCCAGGAGCACUUGUUCCUUCUCUCCUUCCCUGUGUUUCUUCUUAGCUCAUCCUCUCUCCCUUCUCUUGAUGCAGAAGGAAGACCACAAAAACAAACACACAACAAUUAUGCUGGCAAAAUACUUGUAUAUAGCUCUUUCCUGGUUUUGGAUCACGUUCUUAAUGUGGAAUUUUCCAGCCAAAUGUCUAACUCAGGUGUGAAUUUUGAAGACGUCUCUGUAAUAUUUUAUCUUCUUUAACAAAAAAAGAAAGAAACAGAAAGGAAAAAAAUACCAAAGUGUGAAAUACUACGCUAGCUUCCACUGGAGUUCCCACAUGGGCUGGGAAUCCUUGCUGAUUUCUACGGGAACAUUCUCUCUCAAGCCUCCUUCUUUGUGGGCCAGUGUGUAGACAUGCAACAUGAAGCCAUUCCAGAAAUUGUAACCUUUUUUUUUUUUAAAGACUGCAUAUCAAAGAAAAUGUUGAUAUUCAGAGGAAUCUCUCUGUUCCUAAAUAAAUUUGUAUAGUGAUGAUAUAAACUAUUCUGCUAUGGAUAAGAAGAGGUUUAGAUUAUUCUGUGUCUUUUAUUGGGGGGAGAUAUGAGUACAUAUAAUGAAAUGGGCUGGGGAAAUGUUUCAAAUUGGUAGAUUAAGUCUCUUACUCCCCAAACCGAUGCUGAGAUGACAUCAAUACAGGGCUCUGAAGAGUUCAGAGUUGCUGCUCUGACCGAACAACCCUGAGGACAGAAUAGUCAGGAGAUUGGUUUCCUCCUUCUGUAAGAGAGAAUGGUGAAUGUUUGAGGUCAGGUCAUUCAGAUACUUAAAAUGUGGAAGCUGAGGCUAAUAGCUCAUAUUCUCAAAUAUACUGAAGGACCUUUAUUCGUCAUUCACAAUGGAAGCGAUGGAUGUUUAAGACAAGGAGUGAUUUUAAAAAUCAAAUAUGUUUGGCUUUGGAGUGGACUGUGACUUUUUUUGCAUAUGGAGGUUCCCAGGCUAGGGGUUGAA